GUCCUUAGUCGGUAAACUGCAUCUAAUCGUGUGCUUGCAGGUCAAAAGUUCGCCAUAAUCAUAUUCUUUUGGCGUGAGCUUGUAAAACAAUUAGAAUAUUAAAAAAGAAGGGAUUACGAAGUACCACAUUAGUGAUGUGUCGGUCAAAGUUGAGGAACGAUAAUUGCAUGAGUUAAACGCAUUUUGCUAAGUCUAUUUUCAAUGUUUAUCAGUGUUUAUCAGUGCUCUUUGCUAUGUUGUUAUAUGCUUCUAUCGUCAUCCUAUUUUGUGUAUAUUUUUAUUUAAAAAAGUCUCAAAACCAAAAUGCUUUAUCUAAGUUUCCUGAACCGCCGGGGAAUCCACUUUUGGGCCACGUGUCUGCUAUCACAUCAACCACACGUAUAAUAAGCAACGUUUCCCACUACAUUGAAAAUUAUGGCAAAACUGUGACAAUAAGAAUAGGGCCAUUGUUUUUUCCCGUAUUGAGAGCUUUGGUCACCACUGAUUACAAAUUUUUUGAAUUUGCAUUAGGUGGGAGCAAAAUUUUAACAAAAUCAGAAAAUUAUCAGUUCUUGCGAGACUGGCUAGGGAAUGGAUUGCUGAUAAGCGACGGCGACUACUGGAAGAGACACCGGAAAAUUUUGACACGGGCCUUUCAUACUGAGGUCCUAAAAGACUUUGUUUGCGUUUUUGAAUCCGUCGGUGAUGUUCUAAUAAAAAAAUUGGAGAAGUAUGACGGAAAACCCAGCGUUGAUGUACAUCGUUUGAUCACCUUAUGUACUCUAGACAUAAUCUGUGAAACUGCAAUGGGAACAAAAUUAAACGUCCAAAGUGGGGAAAAUUCGCGAUAUGUGGAAAGUGUGCAUCAGAUGUGUCGAAUCGUGAUAGAAAGAGCCUUGUCGUUCAUACGAUUUUUCAACUGCACAUUUUGGUUGUCCAGAGACUACUAUAUUCAGAAAAGUGCACUCAAAAUCUUGCAUGGUUUUACACUGAGUGUCAUCGAUUCCAAAAGAAGCAAAACUGUACAUAAAAAAAGCAAAAGAAUGGCUUUCUUAGAUUUGCUUUUAAAGGUUUCUCACGACGAGAAUCUCCUCAAGAUCGAUGAAAUUCAGGAAGAAGUGGACACGUUCAUGUUUGAGGGACACGAUACAACGGCUUCAGGUAUUUCUUUCAUCCUGUAUUGUUUGGCCGACCUUCCUGAAGAACAGGAAAAAGUUCUACAAGAGCAAAAGGAACUGUUCGGAGAUGACAAAAAUCCCCGAGUAACUUAUUCAGAUUUACAAGACAUGAAAUAUUUAGAAUGCGUUAUUAAAGAAACGUUCCGGUUGUAUCCUCCGGUGCCGGUAAUAGGACGACUUGCAACUGAAGACGUUAAAUUUGACGAUUGUUUGAUACCUAAAAACACCAACAUCGUUUUUUUCAUUUACGGUUUGCACAGAAGUUCGGAGUUUUUUCCGGAGCCGGAAAAAUUCAAACCCGAAAGGUUCCAAAAUUUCGACAGCGCUUUUCCGUUUGCUUACAUUCCGUUCAGUGCCGGCUCAAGAAAUUGUAUCGGUCAAAGAUUCGCCAUGUUGGAAAUAAAAAGUGUAAUUUCGAAAAUCGUGAGGAAUUUUGAAAUUAAACCAACUUUACCCAGGCAUGAGCUGCAAUUAUCUGUGGAAGCGGUCCUGAAGUCGGUGAAUGGGAUUAAAGUUGAGCUAAAAAAGCGAAACUGAUGUAAUUGCUUUUGUUUCAUUAAUUUUGUGUGGUGGAAAUAUAUUUCUUUGUAGUUUGCAUUUUUUGUAAAAACUAAUAUCAAUUAUCGUGGUGAUAAACACGUUUUAUAGGUGCA